AUGAACUAUAACUCUAACUAAGACAAUUAUUUGUUAAAUUAGAAUACUUAACAACGAUACCUCAAUAUAUAGUCAUUUGAAACAUAAUCAGAAUAAACGUUGAAAAUAAUAGAUUUUUCAUGUAUAUAAUUUUUUUUGUCUUUAGAUUCAAAUGAAUUCCAAGAUCUUUCAGGAAGAUUUGAUUUUAUCAAGAAAAUGUACAUUUUCUUGACUGUUGAAUUCUUCAUUAAUUAUGUAUUUUUAAUGCUUGGGAUUUAUACAGAUAUGAUAAAUUGGCUUUAUCAUUUAUUUUUAGUUUGUAAGUUUGAGAAUGGUAUAGAAAUGUGUGAAAUAGAAUUUUGGCCAACUUGGCUUUUCUAUUUUUCUUUAAGUAUUUCAAUAGUAUUAUAAUUCAUUCUAUAUUUUGGAGUAGUAUUUUUAAGACAAGUAAGAACUUUAUAUAUCAAUAUAUUUACAUUAGGAUCCUAAUACUAAAUGGUUAUUAAUUCUAUAAUUAAUUUUUUUUGGAUUCACAUUUGCAGCAGUAUUCAUUUUUGUGGUUUUCUCAGUGGGACCAUUAUAUGUUAUGAUAUCAAUAGGAAUUACGUUUUUAAUAAUAAUAUCUUAAAUGAUUUACUUAAAUUUAAACUAAUAAAACACAAAGGAUUUACCAUACAAAAGUUAAUAAUCAUUCCAUAUUUUAUAGACUGUUCAAUUAUAAUAAUUUGUGUGACCAUAAUUUUGGUAAUCAUAUUAUCAUUUCUCAAAUCAUUUAGUAUAUUUUCGAGUAUUUCAUGUUCAGCAUUUGGUGUGUUUUAUUCAUUCUAUUUAAUGAUAGAGACAGAGUUAAUAAUGUGCAAAGGAGUAAAAUUUAUAAUAUAUUAUAAGACAUUUUAAUUGUAACCUAGUGA